AUGGCUGGGGGUGUGUGGGCCCGGGGCAGGAGCCGGGGAGCCCCUGUGGGGGCUCUAACCUUGACGGCUCUGGCUGAAGGGAUCUGUGCUAGCCGCGGGCAGGCCUCUCCACCCGCUUCUACGGGCCUUCAGCCCCAGCCUGGGGAGCUUGAACCCCAGGCUGAGCUCCAGGCACAGGCGCCUGCCGGCUCUGGAGAUGCGGAUGCAGAUGCUGCUGUGGCGACCCCCACAGCAGGCAGUGAGCCUUGCUCCCCGCCCAGCGCCCAGGAUCCAGCCCCCGAGGGCCCCUACCAGGCCCCCCAGGGCCCCUGGGAGGAAGGAGCCCUGGCGGACCUCGCAGUCUAUACGGCCGCCUGUCUGGAAGAGGCUGGCUUUGCCGGGACCCAGGCGACGGCGCUCAGCCUGACCUCAGUCCUGGAGGCUCGUGGGCAGCGACUGGAGGACCAGGUGCAUGCCCUGGUGCGCGGACUGCUGGCACAAGUGCCCAGCCUGGCAGAGGGGAGGCCCCGGCGCGCAGCCCUGCGGGUGCUGAGUGCACUGGCCCUGGAGCACGCGCGGGACGUGGUGUGCGCACUGCUGCCGCGCUCACUGCCCCUGGACUGGGCGGCUGCUGAGCUGUGGCGCAGCCUAAGCCGGAAUCAGCGCGUGAACGGGCCCGUGCUGGUGCAACUUCUGUGGGCGCUGAAGGGCGUGGCAGGGGCGGAGCCUGAGGCACUGGCGGCCACGCGUGCCCUCGGGGAGAUGCUGGCGGUGUCUGGCUGCGUGGGAGCCACGCGAGGCUUCUACCCACACCUGCUGCUGGCGCUGGUCACGCAGCUGCACGAGCUGGCCCGCGGCGCCCGCUCCCCGGACAGCCCGGGCCGCCGGGGACCGCCCCACAGCCACGCCAGCUGCACGGUGGAGGCCCUGAAGGCCCUGCUCGCGGGGGACGGGGCCCGCAUGGUGGUCACCUGCAUGGAGCAGGCCGGGGGCUGGCGGAGACUGGCGGGAGCACACACCCACCUGGAGGGCGUCCUGCUGCUGGCCAGCGCCAUGGUCGCCCACGCGGACCACCACCUUCGCGGCCUCUUCGCGGACCUGCUGCCCCGGCUGCGAAGCCCCGACAGCGCCCAGCGGCUCACAGCCAUGGCCUUCUUCACCGGGCUGCUGCAGAGCUGGCCUACGGCGCGGCUCCUGCGGGCCGACCUCAUCCUGGAGCGGCUUCGCGCGUGGCAGGGGGACCCGGAGCCCACCGUGCGCUGGCUGGGCCUGCUGGGCCUGGGCCACUUCGCCCUCAACCGCGGGAAGGAUGCUCGGUCCUUCUCUAGAGACAGCCCUGGUGCCCUGUGA